AUGGAACCGGGGCCACGUAAAGAACUUUUCGAAUAUCAACAAGCCCAGCUGGAAGCCGAAAUUGAAAAUUUAUCAUGGAAGAUUGAACAUGCUGAAACUACUGAUCGUGGUGAUUUAGAGAAUCAGAUAGAUAUUGCUGAAAAAAGGCGUACUACCCUUUUGAAAGACUUUCUUGACAUUCUUUUCUGCACUUUGAAUACACAUAAAGUAGACAUGACCAAACUUCUUGGAGGCCAGAUUGGUUUGGAGGAUUUUAUAUUUGCCCAUCGGAAAGACAAACGCUCUAAACUUCCCCUUAAUUACAAAAGACUCAUAUACUUGACUAUAAUAAGACCUAUUUGGACUUACGGAGUUGAGCUAUGGGGCUCCACUAAACCAUCGAAUUCCUCUCGCAUCCGAUCCUUCCCAAACAAGGAGAUGCAGUUGGGUAUUGAUAAAAUAAAUAAACUUUUAGAAAACUACCUGGGAAUAAUGGAUGUUGAUUUAGCAACUCAAAUCUGGGAACAUGGUGAAGGUAAAGCAAACAGUAUGGAAUUCGCUGAAUCAAUAGAUAAUUCUGAUCUCGGAGAACUAUCAUUUGCCGAAGACAUAAUAUUUGAGAUGUGGGGAGUUAUUACUGAUGUAAGGGCAGGAAGGAUAAAUUAAUGCAGUGAAAAGGUGAUCAAUGAACAGUAAUAAUGUCAUUUUAACAAUUAUUUUUAUAUUUUUUAAACAGACGCAGAAAUGAAAGUGAAUUUCAGGUUUGUAAUUAAUCCAUGUAUCCAUUUGAUCCAUGUAAUUAAUGUUUCUCUGAACAAGUUCUUGCAUAAGUGCAACAUUUAUGAAUUUCUUCAGUAUUGAGAUUUAUCAUUGUUAUCGAAGGUGUAGUUUUUGAAAAUACUAUCAAUAAUAAUAAAUUUUAAAAAAUCACAUUCUUUAGUGUUCUCUUUUAAAAUUGAUAGUUUUUUUCAGAAACUACAUCUUUUACAAACAGGAUUCAUAUCAAAUAAGUCUGGAAAGUUUAACUUGGAAUGUGAUUCAGCAAUCUUAAAAUUGCUAGUAUUUUCAAAAACUGCAUCUCUGAUAACCUUGUUAAGAAACUUAAUAUCGAAUAAAUUCAAAAAUUUUAAAUCAAUAGAUAAACAAUUGGUCAAUCUUAAAAUCGAUAAUAUUUCUAUAAACUGCACUUCCGAUUGAUCACAUAAUAAUGGGUACAUAAAUAAACAUAUCAGAAACUUUAUUGUUAAAAAAAAUCAUGUCUUUCUUAACCUGAUUGACACUAUUUUUGAAGAAACUUGGGAACAAUAAAUUAUUAAACACUAUUUGGCAGCUUUAGAUAAAAAUUGCCUAUGACAAUUAUUUUUUCAGGAAUAAAAAAAUUAGCCAUCCACCACAAAUAUAACUUAUUUAAUUGUUGAGGUAUAGUUACAUAGCAGUAACCAAUAAUUAGAUUUUAGCUGAUUAUUUUCAACUAAUGUAACUAUGAUUAGCUAUUUAAUUUAAAAUUUAUCUAUAUAAAGAACUAUCUAACUAAUGCACACCUUUGAAAAAGCUAGCAGUGAAAUAUUUAUAGAAUUUAGUUCAGGUUUUAGAGAUUUUUGCUAUUAUUGAUGAGAUUAUUAAUGAUAGAUAUGAGGAAGUCUUGAAUUGGAGGAUUUUUUUAACAGCUGUAUUUUAUGUGACAUGGCAUAUAUUUCUAGUGAUGCAGUGGUGCAAAAUGGGGGAAAAACUCAUAGUAUUGGGUAUGAUUUUAUAAAAUAUUUGCCACUGAUAACAAAUUUUCCCUUACUGUUUCAGAUUGCAAACUGAAUUUUUCCUG